AUGUCGGAUGUUCAACGUAACAGCAAAUUGGCGGGGCGCCUAACGCGAGCGGCCCGGACGGCGCGAAAAGCAGACACCGCUUUACUAUGCUCCACGUACUCACCACAGCAUGCACCAAGCGCCCAUCUCCUCGCGUGCUUCUUCGGGCUGUCAAUCAUACUUACGAGUUCAUCGAGAGCGCGCGGCGAUGUUUGUAGCGGGUCGAACUUGAAGACAUAUCCAUCGGAGGUUGAUAUUGCGGCAACGGCGGCCGAGGCAGAGGAUGAGGAAGGAAGGGACAAGUCAAGAGAAUAUGAACGCGGAAAACUCUGGCAGAUUUCAGAAUACGACAUCUAG